GACUUUUAUUUAAGAAGUUGACGCAGAUAUACGAAGCACUGUAACAAAACUUUCAAUUGACUGAGGUUGGAAACGUUGUUUCAGCGCACAAAUGCGACAUUAAAUACCGGUUUAAAAUGAGGUCAUGGCCAAGAGCCUCCGUCAAUGCUUUUGAGAACAAUAGCGUUUUUAACGAGCACUCAUAUCAACCUAAGAAAGAGCUGUUGUAUAGGAAAACGUCAUUCUGGGUUGUCGUUAUUAUUGGUGGGGUUUUGACAACUGCAUAUACGGUUCUUAUUUGGUAUUUGGUUCAUGGAAUGCCCAUUUCUUACAUUGGUGAAGGCAGCACGAAUGAUGACCACAACUUUACAAUAUAUUUUCAACGAAAGAUGAAACUGAUGCAAAAUGAACUCCUUUUCUUACAAAACCAAUACUAUCUUCUUAAAAAUCGAACGAGUCGAGAGAUGGGUUGUGACGAACUUCAAGAAAGUUGUGAUCAGAAUAGAGACAGCGAGGAGCAAAUAAAUAAUCAAGAAAUGGAAUCAUAUUUUAAUCGAUCUGAAAAAGAGAUACAAAUUAAGAUGAAAGCAUCAAUAACGGAGGUCAAUGCAAUUGACAAACAAAGGCAAAAUUUAAACUGCUCAUUGAAAAAGCGAAUUAAAAGUGGCAAUGUCAUUUCUCUUGCAGUCGUUAUUCCUAAAAGUUCCCAGGAUGGUGACACAUUAUCACUGACAUGUUCAACCACACGGGAACACACUGCAGAUGUGAGUCAGUUGAUAACAUCAACCAGAGAUCAAAGUCCUAGUUUCUAUAAAUGUGUUUGUAAAAAUAAAAUUUCUAAAUACAUUGACUGCGUAGCUUUCUUUUGGCAAUGUAAGAGUAUUUGAGCCUAAAAAUAAAAUAAACACAUUGCUUUUCUGAGUCUAA